AUGAGGUUCACGGCUAUUAUCACUGUCGCUGCUUUCUCAGGGGCCGUCUUCGCUGCGUCAGCCAAGCGCGACCCCCAGGACGAUGUCGCCUCUAUCCUCGAUGCCCUCCGCGCCAACAACCCGGAAGAUGCGGACGCCGCUGCCACGCUCAUGAAGCGUGACCCCCAAGACGACGUCGCCUCUAUUCUCGACGCCCUCCGUGCCAACAACCCCGAGGACGCUGAUGCUGCUGCUACCCUCAUGAAGCGCGACCCCCAAGACGACGUCGCUUCCAUCCUCGACGCCCUGCGCGCCAACAACCCCGAGGACGCUGACGCCGCCUCCUCUCUCCAGAGGCGUGAGCCCGAGCCCCAGGACGAUGUAAACGCCAUCUUGGCCGCUCUCCGCGAGAACAGCCCCGAGGAUGCCGACGCAGCUGAAGCGAGCAUCCGCAAGCGACAAGACGACCUGGCCUCGAUCCUUGAUGCGUUGAGGGCGAACAACCCCGAGGACGCGGAUGCGGCUUCUAGCCUUAGCAAGCGGUGGUUGUAGAUAUGAUGCUGCAAGCUCGAUGCUGAUGCUCUGGAGAUGCGGUGGUGAGG